AUGCCUGUGUCCGGCAGCAACGAACUGCUUGAGCCUGAGCUCAUGAAUGCCUUCCAAGUCGUUUCCUGUGACUUCGGGAUCUGUCGCUGUCCUUUGGACCUCCAACCACCCCUCAACGAGCCCCUUUACCGUGUCCGCAGGACGGGUUCGACGGACAACCCUUCGUUCAGUCUGCACGCCGCCGACUCCAAGGUGCACACGCUGCGAUUGUACGAUCCGAUCGAAUCGGGUGCCCUGUACACAGCGUUUCGCGCCGACUUCGGAGGCCACAGCGUGGUGGCCAAGUUCGCCGUGUUGAAGUCCAUGCCGCUCAACGAUGCUGAGCGUCCGAGAGGCUGGGACGGACAUGAUGUCCAGACGGCACUGAAGGCGCUGCGAGCUGAAGAGGCUGUCUUUGCGCAGUUUCAGGAGCACCUUGCCCCUGAAGCACGCAAAUACGUUCCCCGCAACUACGGCCUGUUUCGUUUCUCUGAGCUCCCCCCCUCUGAUGGCCUUCUCUCGGACGUCGAGGCGGAGCGUGAAGCAGUGUACUGUCGCAUCGAGGGGUACAUGGGCAGGGAGUUGACAGAGGCCGAGCAGAACCAGCCGGGAAUCAUGGACCAGCUCGGGAAGAUGUACAAGGCCAUCCACGCCGCCGGUGUCCUUCACGAAGACAUUGCGUGGCGCCAUAUCACGAUGCGCGGGGGUGGUACCCCACCAUGGCCGCCCGCCGAGUUUAUCGACCCAGCCUUCGACCUGCAGAACCUCGCCAUCAUCGACUGGAACAUGAGCCGCGUCCGCCAGAAGCAGAGUGACGCGUUCUGGCAGGAGCUCGCUGAUGAGGAGCUGUACGACGUCGCCAUUCUACUACGCGACGAACUAGACAAUGCGGAGCUUAGCAUGUUCGAGAAGGCAGCCAUUCGCCGCUAUGAGUCUAUCUGUCGCGCCCGCGACAGUGACCACAUGCCCAGCAAUGCGGAUGUGGGCGCGGUCGACAACAGCCUGGUGUCCAACAACUCGGACGGCGUUGCUGUAGGAGCGAGCACGAGCGGACUUGAUGCUGCACAAAAAGGCGGCGAACUUCUGCUCCUCGACGUCAAUGCGUGGCCCAUCGACGCACCGUGGACGGUUCCACGUCAGGCAUCGUCAUCAUGUGACCCCCAAGAGGUUCACCAUCCCCGUCUGCAGCAAGCUCGCGUUCGGAGGAAGGGCUUCUGGCGCCGCCGAGCCUUGUCAGACGGGGGCGGGUACCACACAACCUUCCGUCGGCAGCUGUCGCAUGUCGUCAGCAUGAUCGGUCUGCGCGGUCUCGGCUCCGCAGCAUGA